CGUUCAUUCAUCCAGCAUAGAACGGUUCUAGACACGCAGACAUGUUCCUCACAACGAGGUGGUCCUUGAGACUACCUCGACUAAUCUACAGGCCUCUGUCGACCUCCAACCGACCCCGAGGCCGUCCCCUAAAGAACUCCCUUAACAAAUCGCCACCUUCGCAAUUCGUCCGAUCACAGAAACAACCUCAAGAGCCUGUCCCAGCACAGCCAAGUAGCGAUCCGUCUAAGAUUGAAGCGGUGUCAACAGCUUUGAGUCAGGCGUCUGAUGCAGAUAACAACCUCCUCACACCUGUUCAUAUACCAGAGGAUCCCCAUGGCGUCCUUAAAGAGAACCACCCCGCGGUUUCGCUACUCCACAACUCUUCCAUCAUAGUACAGCGACAGAUCGAAAUGAUGAAUGUGUUUUUAGGAUUCGAGCAAGCAAAUCGAUAUGUAAUAAUGGACCCGCAUGGAAAUCAUAUUGGCUAUUUGGCAGAACAAGAGCAUGGAAUGGGGAACGCUAUUGCUCGCCAGAUGCUCCGGACCCACCGGAGCUUCACGACACAUGUAUUUGAUAAGCACGAGCAAGAAGUACUUCGGUUUCAUCGUCCUUUCAGCUGGAUUUCUUCAAGGAUCAGAGUCUAUGAUGCCCAAAACGAUACUGAAUCAUACUCGCCCUCCACAUCUCUACAAGGCACGAGUGUUGGCUCUAUUGCUAGCCAAACGUCCUCCCAUAUCUCGUCCAUACCUCUCUCACAAAUGCGAAUUAUCGGAUCGGCCGAGCAAGAGUGGGCACCUUUACGUCGCAAAUACAACUUGUUCCUCGCACGCAACCUCAACCAAACCCAACCCGACCCGAACCUGCCCCAACUAACAUCAGGCGAUCUUCCACUAUCGAACUCCAAAGCUUUACAAGUAGUAGAAGGCGACUCGCGCGAGACUGGAAUGAUGCAGUUUGCUCGUGUCGACGAGCCAUUCUUAUCCUGGGACUUCACGCUAUUAUCAGAAGAUCAAAGACUACUCGGCUCCGUCAACAGGAACUUUGCGGGCUUUGCAAGGGAAAUCUUCACCGAUACUGGCGUGUACGCGUUGCGUAUGGACGCGGCGGGUCUCGCAUCGGAGCCGUCGCAUAUCAUUUCGAAGACCAGUGCACGUCACAAGGAAGACAUACAGUUGACACCCGGAAUGACGCUCGACCAACGGGCGGUCAUGCUUGCCACCGCGGUGAGCAUCGACUUCGACUAUUUCAGCAGACACAGUUCUCAAACUGGCGGCAUGGGAUUCAUGCCACUGUGGUUUCCCAUGGGCGGCGGUGAAGCUGCUGGAGGCGCUGCUGCUGGAGGCGCGGCUGAGGCUGGUGCGGUUGGAGCGGGUACUGCAGAGGCGGGGACUGCUAUGGGCGAAGUUGGAUCUGUAGCAAGAGGUGUUGGAUCCGGCGAAGGGGCGAUAGCCGGUGCAGGGACGAUGGCUGGAUAUGAAGCCAUGCAAAGAGGUAGAGGCUCCUCCCCGCAACCAAAUGAGGAGGAAAGUAAAGGGGACCCCUUCGGUGCAGGAGGAGACCCGCGAGACGGUGACAGCCCGUGGGCUUCAGACGAAGACUCACAUUGGUUCGGGGACGAUUCUCCGGGCAGCAGUUCUGGCCCAGAAGAUGGCGGGAGCAAUCUCUCCUCGGGAUCACAGGGACCACAAGGUGGUGAUGGAGGCGGAGGAGAAGGCGGAGGCUGGAUGGAUAGUUUUGGUGAUUUCUUUGGCGGUGAUUGAAGCAGUCAGAGCAGACAAAUGUAUCACCACCCUGUAUUCGGAUAGUCUGUAAAUCAAAACGCAAUAUCCAACUCAAUACGAGUAGCACGAG